AUGACGAGCACGCCCCAGAUUCCGCCAGAGGAUUUCCCUCAAAUGUGGCAGAAGCCUGCCUUUGAAGACAUACUCGAGUGUCUCUUGAAUUUGCGUGUGGAACCCCCGAUUUGGAAGUGGAACUCGAAGCAUUCACCAGCCAGACUUGAGGACAACCAAAAGAAACCCCAGGAUUUGUCAGAGAGUACUCGGCAGGCCAUUGCUAGGUAUCUGUCCAGUGUCAUCAGUAGCCCCCUGAGCUGGUUGGAGGAUGACGAGCAGAGGGAUGCAUUGUGGACGGAAGCAGGUCGGCGCUUGUCGGAGCGUUGCGGGAGGGCAGCUAUGGGCGAGAUCAUCAGGAGUUGGCCUUUUGAAAGUCAAAAUGGCUAUUCCCCCUUCGAGCUCGUCAUUAGGGAACCUCCGUUGACCGGCGACUCUCUGGGGCUAAAGACUUGGGGCUCAUCCUACGCUCUAGCACAAAUGCUUGGCCAAUUUGCCGUCGGUCCCUUGCAGCAUCUCAUUCAGUCCCCAACAUCGUCGUCGUCACCACAACCGCCGCCACUCACAAAACCCCAUGUUUUGGAACUUGGCUCAGGUACUGGGCUGCUCGGCCUAGCGGCCGCUGCCAUUUGGGCCUGCCAAGUUACGCUGAGCGACCUCCCAGACAUCAUGCCCAAUCUCCGUCACAAUGUAGAACGAAACCAAUCCACAAUCAAGGCCAUGGGUGGAGACUUGGCCGCCGGCGCCCUUACGUGGGGUGGUGACGGAGACGACGAGAUCGAUCCAGAUCUAUUUGGCGACAAGAAUCAGUUCGAGAUGGUCAUUGUAGCCGAUCCCAUGUACGAUGACGACCACCCAGGACUGCUGGCCGGUGCAAUUGAUGACCAGCUGGCCAUCUCUGCAGACGCUAGGGCUCUUGUCAUGGUGCCGCGGAGGGACGUUACCACGAUUGGACUCCUCUCAUCUUUUAGGCAGUUGAUGGAGGAGGGUUCGGAUGCUUCAUUUGUUUGUAAAGAGGAGGGCAUAGUUGCCAGUCAAGAUGACUGGGGCGACGACGAAGAAGACGAAGCGCAGAAAAAUGUCGAGUGUUGGUGGGGAAUCUUCCAAAGGAGGUAG